AUGGAUAAAUACCAGGCAUAUUACGAACUCUAUGAUACAAACAAUCAAAAACAGGAACAUAAAUUAAGUGGUAAAACAAUUUUGGCGAUUCCAAAACGUGGAAAAGAUAAAGAAAUAAAUGAUGUUGCAAAAAUGAUAAUAAAAGAAGUUAAAGCAUCAUCAGAAGAUGAUUCAGAAUCAUUAUUUGGAGAAGAUAUCUUUUAUUCGAUUCCAUUUGGUGUUAAAACAGAAAAGGAACUUAUAGAGCAAAUGAAAGUUGAACCUGAGAAAAAUCAAACAAAUUCUGAAGAACAAGAAGAUAAUAAGAAAGAAGAAAAAGGAGGCCUUGGCACUGGUGCAAUUGUUGGAAUAGUAAUUGGAGUUGUUGCUGCUAUUGCUAUUAUCUGUAUUCUGGUUUGGUUCUUUGUCUUGAGGAAGAAAUCAGAUAAUAACGAAUCCAGUUCAGCAAGUAAUUAA